UUUUAAAAUAGUUUUAUCUGCCACGCCCACGCUAUAACUCCCACUCAGCUGUCACAGUGAAGACGCGUUCAGGUUCCACUCUUAUCCAUUCACAAACCCGCGGAGCGAGAGCGUGACACCGCACCACGCGUCGCACUGCGCGGCUCGUCUGUCAGUUUUUGGAGCAACUUGUUGCGCAGCUGCUAUUUUCUGACCUCCACCUCCUCCUCCUCCUCCUCCUGCUGCUGCUGCUGCUCCUGCUUCGGCUGUUUCUCUUCUCUUCUCUGGUCCAUUAUCACCGCAGGAACAGGCGCUGCUUUGUGCUGCUGCGUCUCCGAGUGCUCAGACUUUUCUGUGGAAACACUUUUCCACGUUUCAGCGUGGUAAAAAAGUGUGUUUGUGGGAGGGGGAAGGAUGAGAGCAGACAUCGUGGAUCAGUGGACGAGUUUCCCCUCUGUUGCCUCCAUCGCAUAGGGAAGAGUGGAGGGAGUCUCUUGACUAAUAUGAUUUUGGAGGCAGGAGAUGAGAGUCAUGAGCUGGACGCGUCCUGGUCACGCACUGGACUGGAGCCACAGCCUCUUCUACCUGACUCUGCUCCUGUGGACCAGACGCAUGAGUGGACUGGCUGACUUCUCAAACUAUCUGUCCAGGAUCAUCACCAGUCACUCCGCUCACGCGUGCGACGGUCAGCCUCUGCGGCUCCACUGCCCGCGUCACUCCACCAUCUCCAUCCAGUCGGCCUUCUACGGCAGCGGCGAGGCGUCGCUGUGCAGAGCAGACCCGCGCUCAGACCCUCCACUCAGAAACCACAGCUGUUCCGCUUUCACUGCCCUGCAGAAACUGCUCUCCGAGUGUCAGAGCAACAGAGAUUGCCAACUUCCUGUCAGUCACCUGCUGUUUGGGAGAGACCCAUGUCCCGGCACCGUCAAAUACCUCCAUGUGGACUACAAGUGUAAACCCACUGAACACAAAAGACACGUGGCAUGUGAGGGGGACACCAUGGUCCUGCGCUGUAAACCUCCCAGGGUGCUGAACAUCUAUGCAGCUGUCUAUGGCAGAGGUCUGAGCCACAGUAACACCUGCCCCUCACACCUGACCAGACCUCCCCCUUUUGAGUGUCUCAACCACGAGGCUGUUCACUCGGUGUCCCAGUCCUGCUACGGCAAACCGCGGUGUGCCGUUGCCGUCAGCAACCAGACCUUCAGGGACCCGUGCUUUCCAGGAACUAGGAAGUACCUCAGUGUGAUCUAUUCCUGUGUACCACACUCUUUACUGAAGGAGGCAGACCCCAACGUAUCAAGCUCCACCUCAUCUCCGACGGUCAAAACAGGUAACGAUCUGGACGAGAUUUUCUCCAAAGGUCAGAGAAGACCGGGCAGCUCAGGCGCUAUGAUGAGUGACUCUCUCCUGGCCUACGCUUAUAUUAAAGAACGUCCAGAAAUGGCUGCUCUGCUCUUCACCUCCAGCGUUUGUGUCGGCCUUCUCGUCACACUGCUGGCCGUCUCGGUCCGAGUGACCUGCAGGGGGCGCCAGGCUAAAGAUCAAAGACUCGUAUCCAAGACUCUCCAGGAGGACGAGGACGAUGAAACAGAAGAUGAUGACGACGACGACAACAAUGUCGAAGAAGGAACAGGAAGUUCUUUAAUCUCCGCCGCGGAGAGGAAAGCGGCGAUGUACAGCUGGGAGGAAGUGACGUACGUGAGCGAGGCAGCCGAACGCGCAGAGAGAAUCGAGCGCAGAGACAUGGUCAUUCAGGAGAUCUGGAUGAACGCGUAUUUGAACGGCAGCUCGUGCUAAACGAACAUUCAGGAAUUGUUUUUUAUUGACUGGAAAAAGUUUUUUUUUACACUGUAAAGCAUUUUAUAAUGUAAAGUUUCAGUAAAACUGCCGUACCAGCCGUUAAAUGUAUUAUUCUUAAAUUAUCAACAGGGCUUUAUAAUGUUAAAAAAGUCAAUUCUGUUAAUUUUUAUUUAUCUCAUUCACCACCAAAUGAAGCUGAGAAGAGGUUUACUGUAGCAAGAAGACUAAAUCACUGUAUUAUAAUAUGAAAUUGUUUACAUGCAAAGCAUAUUUUGGUGUAUACUGUAUUAUAAGACAAUUAUGAGAUGAUGUUACUGCACCACCACCUUUUGUCGAUUUGGGGCAGAUUAGGUGGAGAAGUCAGAGGAAACCAGAGGUGUGAUCAAAAUUCAAGUCUUUGAAACACUUUUCUAUGUCACAUAUGGGAUUUUUCGUGAUGUUACUUUAUGACAUAACGUGUUUUAUAUGUUGAAAAGCUGACACACGCUGGUCUUUACAGAAGUCACUUAGUUGUUGUCGCAUUAAUUCUGAAUUUAUACUGUGCUCAUUCAUCACCACUGUGUCUCAAAUCAGCGUUAUCUGUGUAGCAACAGACGGGACCAUGUAACUCACUGGCUUUAAACACUGGAAAAUACAUCGAUGCAUCAUUUUAAA